AUGAGUGUUGUCGGUCCAUUACUUAAAAAAUUUCCAAUUGAAGCUCGUCAACAUGAAGCUAUAAAUAAGAUGAAGUUGAAAAAGUCUCCUAAUGCGCGUGUAUUUUCUUUUGAAGAUAUUCAUUUUAAGCCAGGCUGUCGCAAAUUUAUCGCAACAGAACUUCGCGACUUUUAUCUUUGGUAUCGUGAAUGUGCACCUGAGAUGCGUCAUUUUUACGAACUUGUUUUGGAAGACUACCCUUGUCGGUUAUAUUUUGACCUUGAAUUUCCUUAUGAUGUUAACAAAGAAGCUAGUGGGCCUAAAUUGACUGAAGAAUUUUGCAAAAUCGUCUGCCGUUCAUUACAUUCACUUUUAAAUAUUGACUUGGACCCGAUCAAAAAUUUUCUCAUUUUGGACUCUUCAAGCACUUCAAAAUUCAGUGCCCAUGUUAUUGUACAUGUUAAGGAAGGAGAAAAUGAAAAACUUUUUCCGAAUAAUGUGGCCUUGAAAACUAUUGUUAUGUUUAUUUGCAGCAAUUUAUUAAAAUCAAAUUGUUGUAUUCUCAACGGUCCAAAAGACAGCCCAAUUUUUCUUUGUGACAUUUGUGUUUAUACAAAGAACCGCAAUUUUCGAAUUUUCCAAUCUAGCAAAUGUGGGAAGGAUGCAAUUUUACGACUAGCGGAUUAUUGCCGUUUUUAUGAAGGUUUUUUAAAUUUUUUUAAAUUAUUGACUAAUUUACCAGAAAAUGGCCAACAAUCACCCAAAAAUGCAAAAAUCUUUCUUGACUCGCUUGUAAUCCCAUUUGGCUACGACAAACUCGAAUUGGUCAAUUUGAGCUCAUUACCAGCCGUUUGUGCUCUUAAUGCGACAGUUGAGGCGUUAAGAAGAAGACAUUCUAUGGGAAAAGAGGGAGCAAUUGAACCUUUUAUAAAUGUUGAAAAUUUGGAUGUGGUGAGGGUGGAAGAAGAGGAAAAUGAACAGAAUGUACAACAACCAUCUACUAGUUUUGCUAUGCCUAGAGUUGCUCCUAGAGUGCUUGCAAACAGUAAUCCUCCAUCAUCUUCUGAUAAAUUUUAUUCAAAAGUUGUUGAAUUAACUGGUGGUCGUGAUAACAUUCCUUCUCCAUUUCCUUUUAUAGAUGCUUAUAUGCUUCGAGUUUUUCGUCGAUUUAAUUCAAGAGCUGAAAUUCGAAUGUGGCGUGUUAUUUGUGUUUAUGUUGACAAUUCUAAAGACGAGAAUAAUCGUGAUCCAUCAUCAAAAAAUACUCCUACUGACCCACCCGAACGUCAUUACAAUCUUCAAUACCAGCUUAAUCAUUCAAAAUAUUGUAUGAGCCGUGGAAGAGAACAUCGAAAUCAAAAUGUUUAUUGGGUUAUCGACCUCACAUCUUUUUAUUUUGUCCAACGCUGUUUUGACAAAAUUGAUUGCCCUAAUUAUGUCUCCCCAGCAUUUGCUUUUCCUAGAGAAAUUUGCAAGAAAUUACAUGCUAGUAUAGGUCCAGUUUUUACAAAAUUGGGAAUUUCUUCAAAAGACUAUACACUUCCAGAUUUGGAUGAUUUAUUGGAAAAACGUUAUCCUGCUGUUUCUGAUUCUUUUAAUAAAUCUACUGAGUGGAGUGAAAGAUAUGGCGGUGCAAUAAACUUUCUCGAAUUACAUAGUACUCCAACCGUUUUAAAGGAACGUGAAAUUGCUGAACAAAAUAUUAGGCCAUCUGAAGAUGAAAUUGAUGUAUGAAAGAUAUGGCGGUGCAAUAAACUUUCUCGAAUUACAUAGUACUCCAACCGUUUUAAAGGAACGUGAAAUUGCUGAACAAAAUAUUAGGCCAUCUGAAGAUGAAAUUGAUGUAGUAAAUUAGGUUAAAUAUAAACACAAUUAUUGACUUACAAAUUGGUAAACUAAAUUAGUGGUAUGAAACCGGUUACCUUUUCAAAAAAUAUUUUUUCAUUGUUCAGUUCUGUUCUAAUUAGAGACCGGCAAAAUCGCAUUCCCGAGGAUCCCGUAAUGGGUUUUUUUCAACAUUUUAUAGGGGACGGGAUCCCGUCCGCAUCCCGUCCGCAAAAUCGCAUUCCCGAGGAUCCCGUAAUGGGUUUUUUUCAACAUUUUAUAGGG